GUUUCCAUGGAGAUAGUAACGCCUUUUUUUGUGACGCCUAAUAAUGAAUUCACGCGAUCACGUGACCGGUUGUGUACGGAUGUCGCUCAUUGGCGCGGUGUUUUAAACGAAGUAUUGGCCCCGCCUCCUGCAUGUGAUCGCUGCUAGUGCACGUGUCUCCAGAACACGAUGAGUGACCCCCGGACAGAAUUCUGCUUCAGCGAUUCCCCAAGCAUGGAGGACAUUCGCCGCCUCCAGUCCUGCUUCACAGCUGAGAGAGACUGGAAUAAGUUUCAUCAACCCAGGAACCUUCUGCUCGCUCUGGUCGGGGAAGUCGGAGAGUUGGCCGAACUCUUUCAGUGGAGGGGAGAGGUCUCAGAAGGCCUCCCUGAUUGGACACCAUCUCAGAAAGAGUCUCUUCGCCAUGAGCUGAGCGAUGUCCUCAUUUACCUCCUGGAACUAGCGGAGAAGUGUCACGUGGAUCUUCCCCGCGCCGUCCUCACCAAGAUGGAGCUGAAUGCCAAGAAGUAUCCAGUGGAUCGGGUGCAAGGCAGUGCCAAGAAAUACACAGAGUACAGGGAGGAGGAGCAGGCCAGCAGCGGGGGGCCUCAGCAGGGUUAGGAGCCCCCGGUAUAUCGUGGACUGGUGCCCCCCCCACAUGUCCUCAGAAGGUCCUCCUUUUAGGUUUUAUCUGUACAGUUUAGUGGUUUUUAUUCUCCUAAGUUGCAAAUAUGAGAAGUGAAGUCUAAUCCGGGACAGGAAGCGGCUUCUCGACCUUCUCGGUGGUUGCGGUCACCCUCAUCGCUGCUGAGCUGUCACAGGAAGCAGCUUCAUCUUCAGAGCACUUGGUGGUCAUCCUGUGCCUUGUCCUGUGAGCUGACUCUUCACUGACGGUUGUGAUGUCUUUAGGCAUCAGCACCCCCAUUAGACACUGCAGCUGACUCGGUCUGGAGUAUGGUAUAGGGGGGGAUUGUGGAAAUGUAGCCAUUUUGGGGCCUGGUGCGAGCCCUUCAUGUUCUGACUGAUUUUAUUACCUGCAUUAAAUCGCUUGAUCUCA